UUUAUUCGAUUUGUUCUCGAGAUUGUUCUCCGUUCUGUAUAUCUUUUCGACUCGGAGUUUAAAGGCGUUCUUACCAUGUUCGAUCCGCUCCUUCUGGUUUACUUGAUGCGGAGGUAAUUAGGAGCCCUUGUUCUAUUUUACUUGAUUCGACCGCUGAUUUAUCCUUUCUUGUGCAACAAACCGCUAGAUUUAUUUUAUACCGUAUCCAACAAGAAGCCUGGUUUCCGUCCUAUUAGAGGACACGACUGGUCGUGUUAUAUAUACCUCCUCUGGCUUUCUAUUGCGUAGUUCUGAGCCCCAGGGAAACUUUCGUUGUUAAUCAUCUUCCGCUGAGUUUUACUACUGGUCCUUCCACCCCAAAGCAUCGAAUCUUCAGAUAGGGUUAGAUUGCUCCUACCAUGUCGAUGUCUCCUUCUGAGAGGGAUCCAUGCCCAGACUGCAUCCUCGACAGUGCAGGUGCGGGGUUUGCCAUUGGUGCUGUUGGAGGUUCUACCUGGUACUUCCUGAAGGGCCUCCGGAACUCGCCUAAUGGCACACGGUUGACAGGCGGUAUAGAGUCCGUGCGCAUGAACGUGCCGCGGCUCGCUGGGAGUUUUGCCGUCUGGGGUGGUCUCUACUCCGCCAUGGAUUGCACCAUGGUGUUUGUGCGCCGGAAGGAGGACCCCUGGAAUUCCAUCAUUGCUGGCGCCGCCACUGGCGGGAUCCUCUCCUUACGCGAGGGCCUUAGAGCCGCUGGCCGCUCGGCACUAUUCGUCGGUGCCCUCUGUGCCUUCAUGGACGGUGCCAGCCUCAUGCACAGCCGUGUUGUUGCCGAGCAGCAGAAUCUCCCCCCGCUCCCUGCUGACAACCCCAACUUGGACGCUACUGUUGCCGCAGAAGAAGGUGGCUUGCCGAGUCGUGUGGGUAGCUGGAUCGGCAGUCCCUUCGGCAAGGAAGUGGAGGUGAAGAAAACCAAUGACACCGUGUCCAAGAAUUUGGAGAGUUUCGAGACGCCCAGCCCUCCGAUACCAUCGUUCGAGUACAAGUGAAUGAAAGCUGUGGUUUUAUUUGAUUUAUGGCCGAAUCUGUAUUUGUUUCUGCUUAAAAGUUUCAGAAAAUAGUACUGUUUCUAAAUUCUACAGAGACUAGUGAGAUAUGCUGAUACCCAUGUUUGAGUAUAAGCAGGUUCAUGGACAAGGGGUUUUCUCCAGAAUUGUGGUUAUUCUCUUCUGUUGAUGUUUCCUUGAUCAAGUGUACCUGUUUAUUUGUUGAGUAUUUUGGAAGGCUGUUGCCAUUCAUGACAUGAACUUUUGAAACAUCA